UGACAGUGUUCAUUGGCGCUCAAACAAACAGAACCGGGGAGGGACUCCAUGGAUUCGGUAUUUAGAUGUUUUCAGGAAUUGGAAACCUGCAAAAAGUUCUGAGUUGUUUUUUUUGUCCCAGAAGAAGCUAAAGCAGGUGGAUCAGCGAUGUCAGCUGGAUCAGAUCCUCCCGGAAUCAAACCAUCCAGAAGGUCUCCUCGCCUGUUGCCACAGUCCGCUGCAGGUGAGGCUGGAGCUCAGCUGUGUUUACCUGCGACUCCUCAGGCCGACGCCGAGAAGCAGAGAGGAGGAAACAGCCUGCAGGAGGCCAAGAGGAGAGGAAGGAUGGAGAGGAGCAGAGAGGAGGAGCUGAGCGGCAGGCUGAAGACGCUGGAUCUGUCCAGCAGGUCUGCAGCCAGCGGGACCGGUCUGGUUUACUCACAGAUCUUCACGCAUCAUCAGAACCUGUGGGAUCUAAGCCAUGUAGAGAGUCCCAGCAGAGUGACGUCCAUCAUGUCGGAGCUGCAGAGGCAGGAGCUGUUGGAUGUCUGCGUCAGCGUGGAGCCCAGAGAAGCUACAGAGGACGAGCUGCUGCUAGCUCACACGAAACCCUACGUAGACGCCAUGAAGGAGACUCAGAAGAUGACCCAGGCUGAGCUGCAGAGUCUGUCUGAAAGAUACGACUCAGUCUACCUCCAUCCGGAGUCGUUCCAGGUGUGCGCGACAGCGGUUGGGUCGGUCCUGCAGCUGGUGGACCGGGUUCUGACCUCUGAACUCAGGAAUGGAUUCGCUGUCAUCAGACCUCCAGGUCACCACGCUCAGGCAGACCAGCCCAACGGGUUCUGUGUGUUCAACAGCGUGGCGAUCGCAGCCCGAUACGCCCAGAGACGCCACUCUGUCAGCAGGUAGGCCUGCACUCACACUUAGCAGCAGCGCCUCCUGCUGGUAACUCUGGACCUGGGCCGUUUUUCCUGUGUGUAUUUCAGCAUCCUGUACUUCAGCCUCCACCGCUAUGAGGGGGGGGCCUUCUGGCCUCACCUGCCAGAGUCGGACUGCAGCUUCGUGGGCAGCGGGCGAGCUGAAGGCAGGAACAUCAACCUGCCUUGGAACGAGACGGGUCUGAGUGACGCUGAUUACAUCGCUGCGUUCCAGCAGGUGCUGCUCCCCGUGGCCUCUGAGUUUCAGCCUCAGCUGGUUCUGGUCUCAGCCGGAUUCGACGCUGCAGCCGGAGACCCGAAGGGGGAGAUGUGUGUGAGUCCUCAGUGUUUCCACAUCCUGACCCACAUGUUGAUGAGUUUGGCGGAAGGGCGACUCGUCCUGGCUCUAGAGGGGGGGUAUAACCUGCAGGCCACAGCAGAGGGGGUAGCAGCCUGUGUCAGGGCUCUGCUGGGCGGAGCCUGUCCUCCUCUGAACCCGCCCACUGCUCCCUCUGACAGCGCCCUGCACUCCAUCUCCCAGACCGUCUCCGCUCUGUACCCAUACUGGGCCUCGCUGCAGGUUCUAGCUGGAUCCGUGACCGAGGGGCGUGGCGCCAGAACCGCAGCCAAUCACAGUGGCCCAAAGCCAGCCUCCGCGGACACGUCUUUUACCAAGACCACAGGGCUGGUUUACGAUGAGAAGAUGAUGGAGCAUGUGAACCUGUGGGACAGACAUCACCCAGAACAGCCUCAGAGGACCUUUAAGAUCUUCUCUAGACACCAGCAGCUGGGAUUGGUUGAUCGUUGCCAUCGGAUACAGGCACGCCUGGCAACAGAGGAGGAGCUGGCCAUGUGUCACAGUUCGCAGCACAUCCGGCAGAUGAAGGCGACGACGGAGAUGAAGCCUCGAGACCUUUACAAGCUAGGAGACAACUUCACCUCCAUCUUCCUCUGUAACCAGAGCUUCCAGUGCGCCCAGAUGGCUGCUGGAAGCUGCUUCAAUGCUGUGGACAGCAUCCUGACUGGCCAGGUGAGGAACUGCGUGGCCAUCGUCCGUCCUCCGGGUCACCACGCCGAAAGAGAUGUUCCCUGCGGUUUCUGCCUCUUCAACACGGCAGCACUCACUGCUCGCUACGCUCAGAAAAACUCCCAGGAUCCUCAGCUGCGGAUCCUGAUCCUCGACUGGGACGUUCACCACGGCAACGGGACUCAGCACAUGUUUGAAGAUGACGACAGCGUUCUUUACAUCUCACUCCAUCGCUAUGACAACGGGACGUUCUUCCCGUUCUCUGAAGACGCUGCCCCUGAUAGGGUGGGCGUGGCCAAGGGUUCAGGUUACAAUGUGAACGUGGCGUGGAGCGGAGGACGAAUGGGCGACUCAGACUACCUAGCAGCCUUUCAUCAUGUCGUCAUGCCGAUCGCCACUGAAUUUAACCCUGGUCUGGUUCUGGUGUCCGCUGGGUUUGACGCAGCUCGAGGAGAUCCUCUGGGAGGAUAUAACGUGUCUCCAGAAGGAUACGCCCACCUCACACACAUGAUGAUGUCACUGGCUGGGGGACGAGUCCUCGUCAUCCUGGAGGGAGGUUAUAACCUGACAUCAAUCUCUGACUCCAUGGCGAUGUGCACCAGCGUGUUGCUAGGAGACCCUCCUCCAUCGCUGGUGACGCCCCUCCCCCCUCCUCAUCACUGCGCCGUGGCAACAAUCAGGGAAGUUAUCCGACAGCACCUCCCCUACUGGCGGUCCUUGAGGAUCCAGGUUCCAGAGUCUGUGCAGGAAGCCGUGCCCUCCCCAAAGCAUCGUGGGAAACGUAGCUCUCAAGGCAGGAAGUCAGAAAAGCCACCCUGUGUUGGAGCGGUCUCUAUGACGGAGCACGGUCUGGAGCAGCUCAUGCAGGGAUUGGCCAGUCUAGACAUCCAUAAAACCUCUGCCAAUCAGGACAAGGUCAAGCCUUCCUCCACCCCACCAGAAGCGGCAGCAGUGAAGGUGGAAGGUGACAUGAAGACUGAGAACAGCCAAUCAGCAGAGAGCAUGCAGCCUCAGAGCGUGACGGCAGCAGCGAAGGCGGACCAAGCAGGGACUGACCCUGAAGCAAGGGCGGAGUCAGGAAGAGGGGAGGAGCCUUUGGACGGCUCAGGGGCGGAGCCAGAGGAAGAGGGAGCCUGUGGUUGGUCCAAGCCUCAGGUGUCUCUGGAGAUGACAUGCAGCGCUGAAAUGGGCGGAGACACUCUGUACGUGGUGGACCCCCUGCCCUGGUGUCCUCACCUGGAUGCUGUCAAGCCUCUCCCACAUUCUGGCAUAGACGUCUUCCAGCCGUGCGGCGACUGCGGUUCCGACGCCGAGAACUGGAUUUGCCUGACCUGCUACCAGGUGUGCUGCGGUCGCUACGUCAAUGAGCACAUGGUGACACAUGGCGCCACGUUGGAACACCCGAUGGUCCUGAGCUUCUCGGAUCUGUCCGUAUGGUGCUACCUGUGCGAGUCCUACGUCCACCACCAGGUUCUGUUCGAGGCCAAAAACGCUGCUCACUUCGCCAAGUUUGGAGAGGAGGUUCCACCGUGGAGCUGAGGACGACCUCUGCGCCCAGCUGAUGAUGGGGUUACCAUGGAAACCAGCAGAACAAACCCAAUCUGUUUAGCUUUUAUUUUCUUAAAAAUUAAUCAGUAGCUUUUAUUGUGAAAAUCCAGCUUGGAGCCAGUUCAUGUAGCUCUUUCCUGUUUGUGUAAAUAUUCAGACGUCCUGUAAUGAACGGAGUCGUGGAGGAAGUGGAACCAGCAGCAGUGACCCAAAGUCCUGCUGGCAUCUGAUUGUUGGAUCAGCGCUCUUUCAGUAAAACAUGAAUGUUGAAGUUCUUUUAUUUUGUAAAGAAGAAACCCAGCUAUAAACGGUCCGUUCUUUACCAGCUGGUAACAAAGUUGUGCAAUACGCCUCAUUUACCCCUUUUAGAACCCUGUUGGUCCGUUUGGACCUGAUCAGAACUGAUCCAUCAAUAUUUAGUGUUUGAGGCUGGAAAGUUAAUAUCACAUUUUUUUUUAUUUAAUGGUUUUAUUAAAAAUAAAAAGAAGUUUGAG